AAAUUUUACGCGGCGGCGGCAGCGGCGUAGCGCGGCGGCGCAGAGGUCUACAGCAACCACAAAAUCGCUAGAAAUUCCUAUCGCCGGAAGUGAUGGGUGGCGCAUCGCCAAGCGGAAAUUCUGUGGGAUCAAAACAACAAUCGAACACCUGAAGAUCGUUACUCGAAAGAGAAAACUACUCGACCAUCGUGCAGCCAAUGUUCCAAUGACGAGACAACUAUCGCGUAACACGCACCAGCUACAACGAGUUCUCUCGCGGAUUAAUGCGGCGUUGCGCUUGAGUUGCGAGUACCAGUCGCGGGUGACGCCGUCGCCAUGUUUGUAUAGUUUCGGAGGGAUGAAAAGUGUACUCGACGGCGUCUCGGACAGAUUUGAAUGAAACGUGUGUGUGAGCCGUGCCGCGUGCGUUCGUUCGUGCCGGCGUGCGAGCGUCUCGGCCGCCGACUCGCGAGCAUGGUAAGCAGCCGCGAGUACCGUUAACGCCCGGCGUCCGGCCAGUCCGCCGCGGCCGGCGGCCGAUUUUCGCGCGGAUUUUCAGGUGUCACGGUCGAAGUGCCGUCGCCGUCGCCGCUGCCGCCGCCUCCGCCUGCGCCGCAGCGCAACGCAUUCUCGAGAAACUGUGUGUGCCUCUCCCUCCUCUCUCUCUCUCGAUCGAAAGGACACUUAAUUUGGUUGAAAUGUGGCUAAGAAGCGAACGAAUAAGUAGAAGACUGCGCGGCCGUUUAAGUUUAAGCGGUGUGUCAGCUUCAAAGGGAACCAGCCACCGAACACAACUUGGUACAGCACGGAAACUACCAAGCAUUAAUAGCACCAGUCGAGUUAUAACAUCGAGCAGAUGCGGCAGACUGAGCCAGUGGCGACGUAGAUCGUCCAAUUUCCUAAAAGAAGCCUGUAAAGAGAAUGUUUUACAUUUUGCCAAAUCCACACCUAUUAGACGAGAGAGAGGACCUCGUAGAAGAAAAUGCAUAAAACGAUCAAUGGUUACGUCGACUCCUCUGCAUCGUGCUCCUCCGAUAGACGCGGUUAUUCCUACGAAAACCGCGACACCCUCUAAAGUCUCAGAGGAGUCCAAGGAGAACUGGAACGGGAGCGGAGCCGCCGCCGCUUCGGCCACCGCCACCGUCGUAGCUGCAGCCGCCGCCGCUGCCACAGCCGUCACCUCUGCUGCUGCCGCUGCUUUGCCUCUAUGUCCGUCGACAACGAAUACGGACUCGCGUUGUUCGAUGAUACCGCCGACACAUGAGCUCAAGUCCUCUACGCCGAGCGUAUCCCCGUUGACCUAUCUAAUGCCUCCGGUAUCCUUAGGAUCGCAUUCGGAUCUCACAUGUUUACUAGAUGACGAGGGAAGCCGUAGCAACGAUACAUUACCGUCGUCGAUAUACUAUUCCACGCUGUACGCGCACGCCGACACGUCCGUAGAAUAUUACAGUUUGAUGCACUCGACGUCGGCGUACAACGGCCGUAACGCGUACUCGUCGUCACACGAUAACAAGUACUUCCCGAACGGGAAGUACUCCCUUGUCAAUAACAAUGAAAACCGCGGUGAUCUCGCAAAAGAUCAAUAUGCUAUUGAAACAGACCCAACAAAAUAUGAAGCAACUGCUGGAUAUUCCAGCAGUGCAAAGUACAGUAUAUCAGCAAGUAUGUACAAUAUAAAUCCUCAUCAUCCAUCCGAUACGAAUGGCAAUCUUAGUGACAAAUAUGAUUCUGAGGACGUCGAGAGUCGUUAUCACGAGGUUGAGUACAUGGAGGUGGGUAACGAAGAGAUAGUAGAGUCGUGCGAUGUAGAGAACAUGGUUACUCAAGUUCAAGAGGACUGGGAACCGUUCGAUCCUUACGUCUUUAUCAAGCACUUGCCGCCGCUCACGCCGGCGAUGAGGGCCAGAUGUCCCGCGCUGCCUCUCAAAACGAGGAGCAGUCCGGAAUUCAGUUUGGUUCUGGAUCUGGACGAGACAUUGGUGCAUUGCAGCUUACAAGAACUGUCGGACGCGGCGUUUCGCUUCCCGGUGGUUUUUCAGGACGUUACGUACACGGUGUUCGUGAGAACGCGACCGUUCUUCCGCGAGUUUCUGGAACAUGUGUCCUCGUUGUAUGAGGUGAUCUUGUUCACGGCCAGCAAACGAGUGUACGCCAACAAGCUGAUGAAUCUGCUGGAUCCGACACGAAAGCUGAUCAAGUAUCGUCUGUUUCGCGAGCACUGCGUCUGUGUCAACGGCAACUACAUCAAGGAUCUGUCCAUUUUGGGCAGAGACCUAUCGAAGACUGUGAUCAUCGACAACAGUCCGCAAGCGUUUGGAUAUCAGUUGGAAAAUGGCAUACCUAUAGAAAGUUGGUUCGCCGAUCGCUCCGAUAACGAGCUAAUGAAGUUGUUACCGUUCCUAGAAAACCUGGUGAACUGGGGAGGAGACGUACGGCCACACAUCAGAGAACAGUUUCGGCUAUUCAGCUUUCUACCACCAGAUUAAUUUAAGUAGCGUGCACCAAAUUCAACGUUGCGUCUGCGAGAGAUACCGGCCAACGUAAAAGAAAAAAAAAAAAGAAACAAAGAAUUGCAAAAUAUCGUGACGAUAUUAAAUAGGUAAAUAUAUAAUAGUUAUUCCACAAUGCAUAUAUAGAGCAUAAGCCGCUAUAUUAUACACUUUACAAUGUUUCACAAAUGAAUAUACCUGUUGGUAUAUAGAGAUAAAUUAAAUAAUUCUAGAUCAUUGAAGUUAUAUCGUUCCGAUUUACAUCGCGUGAAACAGCAUUUACAAAUACGAACGUUGCGUACAAUAACGUGCGAUUUCGUUAGCUCGUUCGUUUAGGCUAAAAGUCAAGCUAGAGAUAUUGAAUCCUGUGUAGCAAAGAGACAGCAUGAGCAUAAUAAUCUUCAUUUGCUGUAUAGUUUUUCCAGUAAUACUUCCAAAUGAGUACGAAGUCUCUCCAUGAUAUGUUUGUAUGAUGAUGUUUGUACAUAAUAGAACUCGUAUAUUAAAGUAUUUUGUUCCACGAUUUAUACUAAAGCAAUAUCUGCGAGAAUCGAUUAGUUACAGUCUCUUUUUUACUGCUAGUGCGAUAUAAAUGAUCUCAGUUUAUUUAUCUUGCUACUCAGAUCACAUCUAUCUUGAAAGUCAUUUUCCGUUAACAAUAUUACAUUCUCUUUGAUCUCGCUGUGAGCCACAAUUGUUUAUCAUUGUCACGAUCCUUAGAUCUACACCUCUAGAUUGCAAUUCUUAAAAGAAAUAUAUACAAGAUGUUAUAAGAGUAUCUGUCGAUAAUUAUAUAAUUAUAUACUGUGUGUUUAAUUAUAUAAUUAUACGCGAUUACGUGUGCUACAUUAUAUAUAAACUUGUGUAUAAUUCAUAGCAUAAGAAGCAUAGUCCGAAUUCACAGUAUCAAAAGAAGAACAAAAAUUAGCGACAUGAUAUGUAACAGAAAACAUCGCAAAAAAUCUUGCAUCUCGUGUAGUGUCUAUCAUAGUUUAAAAUUAUAACAAUCACACAUUAUGCACAAAUACAUUAUAAUAAUAAAGCAGAUUGUUAUUCGUGAAAUCGCUUAAUCGUAUAUAAAUAAUCGCCCCAAACGUUUUUGUUUUUGUACAUCACGAUUGUGGAGUAUUAUUAUUUCGUGUGUUACGAUAAAUUGUCCCUGUAAUGUUUGUUACGUAUAGAAAUAAAUUGACGAGAAAUAUA